UGGGCGGCGCGCGGGCCGUGAAUACGGGAUGAGGCCGCGGGCCUUGUCAUGCGGGCCCGGCGGGCGGCGGGGAGCGGCGCGCGGGCCGCAAGAUGGCGACUGCCAUGUACCUGGAGCACUACCUGGACAUGGCGUUUUUCUUGUAGGUAUUGAGAAUCUGCCGUGCGAGCUGCAGAGGAACUUCCAGCUGAUGCGGGAGCUGGAUCAGAGAACGGAAGACAAGAAAGCAGAGAUUGACAGCCUGGCAGCAGCCUACAUCGAGUCUGUGAAGAACAUGUUACCUGAGGAGAGAGUGGAGCACCUGAGGAAGAUCCAGAGUGCCUACAGCAAGUGUAAGGAGUACAGUGAUGACAAAGUGCAGCUGGCCAUGCAGACCUAUGAGAUGGUGGAUAAGCACAUCCGCCGGCUGGAUGCGGACUUGGCGCGGUUUGAAGCUGAUCUCAAAGAUAAACUGGAAGGCAGCGACUUUGAAACCCCUGCAUCCCGAAGCCUGAAAAAGGGACGAAGUCAGAAAGACAAAAGAAGCUCUCGUGGUCGAGGCAGGAGAACAUCUGAAGAAGAUACACCAAAGAAAAAGAAGCUCAAAGGAGGGUCUGAGUUUGCUGAUACCAUCCUGUCAGUGCAUCCCUCAGAUGUCCUGGACAUGCCAGUGGAUCCCAACGAGCCCACCUACUGCCUAUGUCACCAGGUGUCCUAUGGAGAGAUGAUUGGCUGUGACAACCCAGAUUGCCCAAUCGAGUGGUUCCACUUUGCAUGUGUGGACCUGACCACCAAACCAAAAGGGAAAUGGUUUUGUCCUCGUUGUGUUCAGGAAAGAAAGAAAAAGAAGUAAGGAGUAGAGGGGGAUACACCAUCGAGGCAAGAAGAAUUUAAUAUAUUCCUUCACUCAUGUUGCAAUAUUA